AGGUUCUCUUUUCUUUUAUUCUCAUUUAAAAUCAUCGGAGAUAUACCCGUACUUUUCUUUCUUCGGAAAACGAAAAUUUCGUUUUCGACGUCUGAAAGAUUUUGAAUAAGACGAUCAAGUGCGCCAUGAUUUGGUCUUCUCCGCAUCACGUGUAUUCGAGUAAAGAGCUGAAUAAAAGGACGAAGAACAAGAAAUGGGUGGUUUACAUCAUCAUUCCUUGCGUGAUCGUCGCUCUGCUGUUCGCUCUCGUGCUCACCUUGGCAUUCGAAAACAUCCGAUGCAGGUCGCAAGACCCUUUGGUUAUCCUCAAGCAGACCAAUGCUGAAGACACAUUGCUGGAUGCCCCCACCAUUUAUACUCACUCAUCAACUCUUCUGUCACCGAACCCGUCACUAGAGGAUGCUCAAAGCAGCGACAUCACUGACCCCAGACGCAGGAGCUGCAACUUUGAUACUUGCGUAAACUACGACAGGUGUCGCGUCAAGUCCGGAUUUCCCGUUUCGGUCAGAACGUACGGUACUCAAGACCAACGUGUUUUUCGAGUCGUUCAAGCGAUUCGAAAAAGUGCUCACAGCAGACUCGAUUCUCCGCCAUGUUUCGAGUUUGUGGUGGCGAAUGACGGGAUUAUGUCUGCAGUUCAGAAAAGACUCACAACAAGACCAGUGAGAAGCAUUGAUGGAUCCGAAACAUAUCAGAAUGAAGCUUACAUUCGAGUUUCAUCCCGGACAUCAUCCAUCCUCGAAAUCUCGAGUAUCGGAGAUCACCGGAAACGACUCCAAGAAAUUCCUUUUCACGCAGUUGUCAUCGAUUCCGUGGCGAGUUUCACUGAUUUCAGACCAAAGUUCGACCUCGUAGUUCCUCCACUUCCUGUGAAAGAAAACGCGGAGGUAUUUCCGACCCCGUUUUUGCCGGCGAAGCGGAAAUUGUUCCUGAGUUUCCAGGGAAGCAGUUCCGGAAAAAACAUGCCAACUAACGCUAUCUNCGUCUGACUUGGCGGAACUGCGGAACGCGAAUGCUAAUAUCCAGAUGUCGCUCGAAUGCACAGAGAAUGAAGAAACUGAUUUCCCGGUCUUUGACGGAGACUGGAGAUUGUGCCAAAAUAGGCAAUCAACUCUUCAGGACUCAACCUUUUGUCUGACACUUGCUCCGACAGGAGACUUUGCAUCAACGCCAAGUUUCCAGACCAGAUUUGCUGAAUGUUUGCGAUUUGGUGCUGUACCAGUGGUGGUUGGCCAAGCCAGGUUGCCGUUUGAUGAAACCAUUGACUGGACAGCUGCAGCAGUUUUUAUACCCUUGCCAAGACUGGGUGAGGCUCUGGACAUCUUGAAUGAGAUCAGUGAUGAGGACAUUGUUGGGAUGAGGAGGCAAGGAUAUUAUUUAUGGAAGAGUUACUUGAGUUCUGAUGAGAGGAUCAUGGAUGCAGUGGUCUCCACACUAAGGGGUCGCAUGGGUGUCCUUGGUAUGGCCAGGGAAGUUGCUCACUCAAAGGAUGGGGUGUUCAACUCCAGCAGCAUGUCUCCUUUUGUGGACAUACAGAGAGUGACUCAAGCCUAUUCAUCCAUCAGCCCUGAUGACUUGGUGCCCAAAGACAAUCCCAAUGACAUGGUGGGAAAGAAUUGGUACCAAGCCUGGAACAAAUGGUUUGAUCCUCAUUAUAGCUACUCUUCAAGGCCAAGUACUUCAGAACUUGAAUUCAAAUGGAACAUGUUUCCUGAAGCAAGGGAAACUGGUGGCAAACCAAUUUCAUCUGAACGGGAAGACCUUUCCACUUAUGGUGAAGCAGCUUUCCCUGGGACAGAGGAGUUCACAAUUAUUUUCUUGACCUAUCACAGAGACGAGGCAUUGGUAGGAAUACUCAGAAGUUUUGCUGGCUUGAAACUGGUGAACAAAAUUAUUGUGGUGUGGAAUGAUGAAAGGUCUUUGCCUGCAGCUGACUUCUGGCCUGAUAUUGGGAUUAACCUGGAGGUUGUGAAAGCAACAAAGAACAGUCUGAAUAACCGUUUCAUUCCAUUCACCACUAUUGAAACAGAAGCAGUUCUGACUGUGGAUGAGGAUGUUCAAAUCAAUCAUGAGGAUAUUUUGUUUGGCUUCAGGGUUUGGCAAGAAGCAAAGGAGAGGAUGGUGGGCUUUGUACCCAGACAGCACAGUUGGGGUGCAGGCAAGGACAAAUGGGUCUACAGAUUCAAGGACCUGAAUAAGGACUUUUACAGUGCAGCAUUUUCAUUGGCACUCACAGGAGGGGUCUUUGUCCACAAGUAUUACUUGUACUUGUAUGCCUACAACAUGUCACCAGAAAUUCUCAAUAAGAAUGAUGAUAUCAUCAACUGUGAGGACAUUGCAAUGAAUUACCUUGUGAGCCACUUGACCAGGCUUCCUCCAAUUUGGAUUGACUCAAAUACCACAUUUGCGUGCAGUGGUUGCAAGGAAGACGGUUUGUCACAAAUGAGCAACCACUAUCAAGAACGAGAACUUUGCGUCAAUUACUUUGCCAAAAUUUACGGAUACAUGCCUCUGAUGUACAGCUACUUCAGAGCCUCGAAAGCCCGGGACGGUGCAAAAUGAUUGAGCCAACGUCCGCCAAAAUUUUGACAAAACCCCAAAUACGAACCCUGUUCUUGGAAGUAAAAAAAAAAAAACUAUCCCCGGAGAAAACUUCGCUGCUUUGAAAGCUAAUGCACCGAAUAAAUUCGUGUGCGAUGGAUUAAAUAUCGUGUUGGACCAGGACUUCUUAUCAUGCAAAAAAGGGGGAAAAGUCCACAAGGGAAUGCCAAAAGUGUCGACAGGUGUCAAUUCCUGACACGCAAGUUUUCUUUCUGGGUCAAGAAUGGGGUUCGUUUUUAUCAUGGCUGUGAAAGUAUGUGGACGAUGAAGAAAUUCGAUCGGAAUUAAAAUGGUGAAGUUCUCGGAAGUGUAAAUGCGGAAAUUUGCGGGGAAAACUGUGGAACUUCUGCAUGGAAAUGAAAUAAAAUAUGAAAUAGUUCUCGAAAA